GGGAUAGUUGUUGAAAUUUGGGAAGUAAAGUAGUUUUCAGAAACUUUAGGCAAUUUAAAAUAAUUCGUUUGGUGUUAGUGUUCAAAUGACGAUAUUAUGAUGGCGAAUUAUUCGAAUGUUCUAAUUCGUCCUAGCAUUGCUCCAUCUCUGCUGUGGGCUCGCAACAAUAGUUAUGUUAUUCCUGGAGUGUACGAUUUGACCGUUGAAGAUACAAACUGGGUUCUCACAUCUUCAUUCAUUAUAUUCACAAUGCAAACUGGAUUUGGAAUGCUUGAAUCAGGAUGUGUUUCAUUGAAGAAUGAAGUUAACAUUAUGAUGAAAAACAUUAUUGAUAUAGUGUUAGGAGGUUUUACAUACUGGUUGUUUGGAUAUGCCAUGUCUUUCGGGCGAGGAGAGCUGAACAAUCCUUUCGUUGCAUUAGGAGAUUUUCUUAUUGAUCCAAGUGUAAAUGAUCCUCUUAUCGGACCAAUAUUCGCUGCUUUUCUUUUUCAACUAUCAUUCUCGACCACUGCAACAACUAUUGUGAGCGGUGCGAUGGCGGAAAGGUGCAAUUUCAAAGCGUACUGUCUGUUCUCUUUUCUAAACACAAUUGUGUACUGCAUCCCAGCUGGUUGGGUGUGGGGUGAACAUGGAUUUCUCAAUAAACUGGGAGUUGUCGACAUUGCAGGAAGUGGUCCAGUUCAUCUCGUCGGGGGAUCAUCAGCAUUCGCAUCGGCUAUGAUGCUUGGUCCACGACUAGGACGCUACGCUAAAGGAAUUGAGCCAUUGCCACUGGGAAAUCCUGUUAACGCGUGUAUGGGUCUCUUCGUGUUGUGGUGGGGAUGGCUUGCAUUCAAUUCAGGAAGUACAUAUGGUGUGAGUGGAGCUAAAUGGAUUUAUGCGGCACGCGCUGCUGUCAUGACUAUGAUGGGAUCGUUCGGCGGAGGAUCCUUCAGUAUAAUAUACUCAAUGAUUCGCAACGAAGGACGAUUGGAUAUUGUCGAUCUCAUUAACGGCAUUUUGGGGUCUCUAGUUUCGGUGACCGCAGGUUGUUUCCUUUACCAUGCAUGGGAAGCCAUACUUAUUGGGGCGAUUGGAUCAGCUCUUUGUUGUCUAAGUAUGCCUCUAUUCGAUAAGAUGGGUGUCGAUGAUCCCGUUGGUGCUAGCGCUGUUCAUGGAGUAUGCGGAGUAUGGGGAGUUCUUGCAGUCGGAUUAUUUGCAGAUAAUCCAAUCCCUCUGGAAACUACAGGUGGAAGAUCUGGGCUUUUGAAAGGAGGUGGGUGGUACCUACUAGGAGUGCAAUCUCUCUCUGCUUUAUGUUUAGCUUGUUGGUCGAUUUGUACCACUUUCGCAUUACUGUGGAUAAUCAACAAAAUUGUGCCAAUAAGGAUGGACCCUAAUGAGGAGUUGUUGGGAGCUGACCUCAUGGAACACAGGAUAAGACAUUCACAAAUUGGCAUUUCGCGGGCUUUAUCUGCAUUGGCUCCUAUAAAGGUUGACUUGGAUGAUGUAAUUACUGCUGAUCCUAUAGGUCGGAAUCCUGGUCAUGAUCAGUGUGUUGACGAAAUUCGCGCUGCUGGUAAAAAAUUGUACGAAUGGCGAAAUUUUAUGGACACCAUGUCCCUGCAAAAGCACAGCAAAGGUAUCGACGCUAAAAAGGAUUCCUUUCAAAUGAAGAACGUUGAGCAGAAAACGGUUGAAACUUCUAAUAACUACUCAGCGGUGAAUUUUGGAUUCGAAGGAAAAAGUAAGGAGAUCGUUGCCGGAGGCUCCGGAGCUGGGGGUCUUUUUUCUAUUUCUAACGAUUCCACCGUGAUUCCACCAGGGAAGAGCGAUCAAAACUUCGCGUGGAUAGAUUAAGAAUCAAAUAUAUCAUAAAUAUUUAUUCCCAAUCAUGUUAAUAAGAUAAGAAUUACAUCCCUGAAAAUUAUGCUGUGCAAUGAUGCGCUCAAUCAUGUUUGUGUGUCUGUCUAUCCCAAAUUAAAACGAAAUUGUAGU